CGCACGCCAGUUGUCAUCACUAAAACCGAAUUGCUAGAAAUUGCUACGAAACAACAAAGUAUAAAAACGCAUUGAGCAGUCAAACGCAGUUAUUUGGAGUCCACACAAACGAAAUAAAAAGUAGAGCCCAAAAUCCGAACCACACAGAUCAACAGUUUAGGAUAAUCACUUGAAGUACAACCGAAUUUCAUCACAACACCACAAUGUUGCUGCGUCUGGCACUUUCCGCCGCCCGUCCCGCCGGGAGUCUCAAAAUCCUGGGCCAGUCUCCUGCCCAGUUGCUCCGGGCCAAUCCCAAUCUCUCCGCGGCCCGCACCUAUGCCCGCGGACCUGUUCGCACCCGUGCUCCCGUGGAGCAACAGCAGAUGAGGGCUCCCUCGCUCAAGGAAAAGCUGAUGGGUCCACCGAGUGCCAAUGCCUACUCCAUGGGCAAGGGCGCCGCCGCCGGAGCCGCCGUCGUGGGACUGGGCGCCCUGUGCUACUACGGUGUGGGAUUGGGCAAACACACCAGCAUCGCCGACAACGCUAUCAUGUGGCCCCAGUAUGUGAGGGAUCGAAUUCAGACCACAUAUGCCUUUUUCGGCGGCUCCUGUGUCUUGACCGCAGCCGCCGCAGCAGCCGUCUUCCGCUCACACCGCCUCCUGGAUCUGGCCUCUCGUGGCGGCAUUGUGGCGACUAUUGCUUCGUUGGCGCUGGUCAUUGGCAGCGGGGCGGUGGCCCGCUCUAUUGAGUACCAGCCGGGUCUGGGAGCCAAGCACCUGGCCUGGGCGGUGCACUGCGCCAUUCUGGGCGCCGUAAUCGCACCAAUCUGCUUCGCGGGUGGACCAAUCCUCACGCGCGCCGCCCUAUACACGGGCGGCAUUGUUGGUGGCUUGUCCACUAUCGCCGCGUGUGCCCCCAGCGAUAAGUUUCUGUUCAUGGGCGGUCCACUGGCCAUCGGUCUGGGCGUGGUCUUUGCCUCCUCGCUGGCCUCCAUGUGGCUGCCGCCCACCACAGCGUUGGGCGCGGGUCUGGCCUCCAUGUCCUUGUACGGCGGCCUCCUCUUGUUCAGCGGGUUCCUGCUCUACGACACCCAGCGGAUGGUGCGCCGCGCUGAGGUGCAUCCCCAGUACAGCUACACCCCCUUCGAUCCUAUCAACGCCUCUAUGUCGAUCUAUAUGGAUGUUCUGAACAUAUUCAUCCGCAUCGUCACCAUUCUGAGUGGCGGUCAGCGCAGGAAGUGAGCACUGAACAAUAACAUGUGAUGCAAGGAUAAUACCUUCUGAUAUAUAUUUAUACUGUUGUUAAAAUAAACCGACCGAGUUGAUAAGCAAAAUGUAAAA